UCUGUUCUGAUUUGUUUGCAGGACAAGGAGCCUUACUCCUGAUUUGCCCGUGGAGUGUUUAUACCGCACCUCAACUCCUUGUUCCUCAUUCAUUCACCUACACUUUUCAGGGCCUUUCCUCCUCACUUUUCAAGCUGUAAAACAUUACUUUAUUUUUUAAAAAGUGGAUUUUUUACGCCAGGGGGAGGGAGCACUGCCAUUCACUGUAACUGUGCCCGCCUAAAUAUCCAGCACGUGCUUGAUUCCCUCCUGCAAAAUGCUGACAGUCUGGAGGCAACCUGGUUCUUCAGAAUUCAGGAGGACACAAAUAGUGUCGCUUGGGGAGUUGCGGAAUCGGGUUCCUGGCUGGUGUUUCCCCUAAGUUUUGCAUGGCAAAUCGACUGCUUGAAUCUGCGUCACUUUCGGUAAAAACUCUCCUUGGCGCAUCAGCUGAGGAGCCUCCCUCUGCCUGCUGUUAGGGAGAGGAAAGCUGCCGCUCCCUGCACACCCCGAGGUGUCUCUGUUGACUCUCCGAAGGGCUGGCUCAGCUGUCCUGAUAGCGCCGUUGCUAGGAGCGGACUCCGCCUGGCUCCACAAAUACACAGGAGAUCCGAGGAGGCGGUCCCUCCGUCCCUCCCUCCCUCACCCCACCCCGAUCUCCCGUGGGCUUCCCCAGGUAGAGGAGGAGCGACGGAAGGCGAGGGGAUCGAGAGUGCAGCCGGGAUCCGGGCAAUCUCAGACAUUCAUCGCCUGGACGGUGCGCAGCGCAGCGCCGGCGAGCCAGACUCCGCGAGCAAGGCGAGCGCAGCGACUCUCGUCUCUUAUCGUAGGGCGAGGUGGGAAUUACUCCGGACUCUGCUGCUCUGGCUAUGACGGACACGUUGUUGCCCUCGGACUGCCGGGCGGCGGACCAGAGGGGAGACUGCUACUUUCGAAAGGGGUGCAACCCUCUUGCGGAGACUGGACGGAGCAAACUGCAGAACCAAAGAGCAGUCCUCAACCAGCAGAUACUGAAGGCGGUGAGGAUGAGAGCUGGCGCUGAAAACCUCCUCCGGGCGACAACCAGCAACAAGGUGCGCGAGCAGGUGCUACUGGAACUCAGCUUCGUUAACUCAGACCUGCAGAUCCUUAAGGAGGAGCUGGAAGGACUCAACAUCUCUGUUGAGGUUUACCAGAACACAGAGGAGGCUUUUAGCAUUCCUCUGAUACCACUUGGCUUGAAAGAAACCAAAGAAGUUGACUUCGCAGUUCCUUUGAAGGACUUUAUUCUGGAACACUACAGUGAAGAAGGUUCUGAAUAUGAAAAUGAAAUUGCUGAUCUUAUGGACUUAAGACAAGCCUGCCGUACCCCCAGCAGAGAUGAAUCGGGAGUUGAGAUGUUGAUGAGCUAUUUUGUUCAGCUCGGCUUUGUAGAGAAUAGAUUUUUUUCGCCAAGCAGACACCUGGGGAUUUUAUUUACCUGGUAUGACUCUUUCACUGGUGUUCCCGUCUGCCAGAAGAACCUGUUGCUGGAAAAAGCUAGUAUUCUGUUCAACAUCGGAGCCCUCUACACCCAGAUUGGCACAAGGUGCCAUCAGCAGACGCAGGCUGGGCUUCAAAAGGCCAUUGAAGCCUUUCAGAAAGCAGCAGGAGUUUUAAAUUACCUAAAAGAGACUUUUACUCACACUCCAAGUUACGACAUGAGCCCUGCCAUGCUGAGUGUGCUGGUCAAGAUGAUGUUGGCUCAGGCUCAGGAAUGUGACUUUGAGCAGAUUUGCCUUCCCGGAAUACAAAAUGAAUUUUUCACACUUGUGAAAAUGGCCCAGGAAGUGGCCAAGGUUGGAGAAACAUACAUGCUUGUUAACACAGCAAUGAGUCAAGCACCAGUCAAGGAGAACAUCCCUUAUUCCUGGUCAAAACUGGCUCAAGUCAAAUCAGACCAUUUCAGAGCGUUGGCACAUUAUUUUGUUGCAACAAUUUUGAGUGACCACCAACUGCGCCAGAAUGAUGAUGAAGACCAACAGGAAAAGGCUUUUUCCCAGCUGUAUGACCACAUGCCGGAAGGACUGACCCCUUUGGCUGUUUUGCGGGACCGAGUUCAGCGGAAACAACUUGCAAAAGCUCACCUGCGGAGAGCCAUUGUUCAUCAUGAAGAAGCCUUGAGGGUUUGUGGCUUGUGCAAAAAGCUCCGGAAUAUUGAGGUGCUCCAGGAAAUCCUGUCAGUUGCCCACAAGCGGUCCCUUCUCAAAUAUUCACAGCAGGAGCAGGAAGAUGACUUUUCGAGUUUGCUGCAGGCUCCAGAUAUCCUCCCUAAGACAGACCAUAAAAUAGAAGCGGUCGCUCCUCUGUUCUCCAAGGUCAAAGUCAAAGACUUCUUUGAGAGGCUGGGUCCGCUGACCGUCUUUUCAGCAAAGCAGAGGUGGACUGCUCCUCGCACUGUCCGUUUCCAGUGUGAAGCUGAGGGUCUGGGGUUUACCCUGAAAGGAGGCCCCCCAGUGCAUGUUUACUGUCUGGAUCCAGAUUGUCCUGCAUCAUUGGCAGGUCUGAAAGAAGGAGACUGUGUCGUAUCCAUUGAAGGCGUGGAUUGCAAAUGGCUGGGAGUGAGUGAGGUCUUGGAAAAAUUGAGAAAUGUCAGCAGGCAAGAGACUGAGAUCCAGGUCAUCAGCUGCCAAGAUAACACAGUGUCCAUGCAUAACAAAAGUGCAACUUAUUCUGCAGGAAUGCAGAAAACAUACUCUCUGAUUUGUUUGGCUAUGGAAGAAGAUAAAAUAGAUAAGACCAAGAAGGUGGCUCCUAAACUUUCCUUUUUGAGUUGGGGAACGAAGAACAGAAAAAAAGCAGCCAGCACACUUUGCCUGCCUUCCGCUGUCCCUGGAAGCACCCCAACCAAGAAGAAACUUGUCUCGCCUUUCACACUCCUGAGUACGGACAGCUCCUUGUACUAGGACUUGAAAAGAGAGGCUUAUUCUUGAUGGAAAGGUUCCCUGGAUGCAUGUGCCAUAAAUCUGAAAUGUAGCCCUUUUGUGAAUCUGGAGUAAGCCCAGAGUUACGGCACUGCCAGCUCACAUCUGGCCCACCCUACAUGGUUUUUAAGGAUCCUGCGCUGCCACUGUUGGAGAAGCACAGCAUUGUCAUCAGGAGAGAUUUGGGAGUCCUUUUGCUUGAAAAGAAAAUGACAUAUGUUGCUACCAGACUACAUGUGAGAUUCCUGUCUGGGUUUCUGUCCUAGUUAUUAUUUGUCCUGCAAAACUAUAGACAAAGUUGUUUAUAGCAUGCAGUAUAAGCUGCAAAGACUUAUGAAGGAUUUUUUAAAAUGUCAUUGUAUAUAGCAGGGGCAAGUUCAUGACACGAUACCGGUGAUGAACCGCAAUUUUAAACGAAGGCUGAUUGAAUGUCCGCUUUAGACUGGCAGACGAAGGAAAAUAAUUGCUUGCAAAAAUGCCAUAGAGUUAGGGGCAGUUCUCCUGUCGCUGUACAUUGAUGUGGAGCCAUUGAAGUCCAGCAAAGAUUACAGGGGAGACUGAUGUGGUGGGAGCCUGUGGCCCUCCAGAUAAUCUCUGACCAUAAUCCCUAAUCACUGGCCAAGCUGGUGGAAACAGCUGGGGGCCCCCAAAAUACCACGGGUGCAGCAAGUUCCCCCAUCCCUUGGCUAAGUUAAUAAACAGGUGCUCGUGCGCUGUUUGCCCAAAGUUUCAGAGCAUUGUGGGAAAUUAAAAUGGCAACAGUUCAGUGCCAAUCAGAGUGACCACCCACUGCUAGGACUUGUCAAUUUAGGAGGGGGGGCUCAUCUGAGAGUACUUUGUCAAAGGUCCCCUCAAACGUGGGAGAUGGUCCCCGUUAUGGACAGAAAAAAAGCCUGCUGGAUCAGGCCAAUGGCCCAUCUAGUCCAGCAUCCUGUUCUCACAGUUGCUUGUGGGAAACCAGCAAGCAGGAUUCGAACACAAGAGGCUUCUCCCCUCCUAUGGUUUCUAGCAACUGGUAUUCAGAAGCAUUGCCUCCAACUUUGGAGGGCAGAGCAUAUCCGUUGUGGCUAGCAACCAUUGAUAGCCCUCUCUUCCAUGAAGUUCCAUGAAUUGAAACUAGUGGUGGGGAACCUUUGGCCCUCCAGAUGUGGUUGAAGUCCAACAUUACAGCGCCACCACAGGAUAGACCCACAGCAAUGCAUCUGCCAUGGUGCUGCUAUGUAAUGUGCUGAGGGCAUUGGGUAUACCUUUCACAAACACGGUUUAGCAGUCCUAAUAUUUCAGAAUUGCAUGAUAUGCUGUAGGUUCUUUACCUCUGUGAAGCCGAAUAAUAAUAAUAACCGUAAAUAUGGCAAUUUGUGGUGGCAUUUUAAAACUAUCCGGGUUAUAUAUUGCUACAGAUGUUCAAGAUAGGAAGGGGCAAUAAAAAAAAUCGCUUUUAGCCUGGAUCAAGCUCACACCAUUGUAAAAAUGUAUAGUUCAGUUACAGCAGAGCUGGGGAACUGGUGACCUUCCAGAUUGUGUUGGAAUCCAGCAUCAGAACCAGUUAGCAGGCCUGCUGGUUGGGGAUUUUGUGACUGGUAGUCCAGCAACAUCUGGAGGGUCACAGCCCCCACCCCAAGUUGCAGCUUCCAUAGUGCCACUGUAUUUGGAGUAAUAGUCCAAAGUGCUUCCAAUGUAAUUAACAGUGCCUUAAAGAGAAAUUUAGGGAUUCACCAGUGACUUAGGAACUCUGCCAGCUGGUAAAUGUGAUCUCUCUCCCACCCCGUAAUUUUGUGUUUUAUUGCUGCUAUUACUUCUGUUCAUUGUAAAGUUGCAGGUUGCUAACACAGUUGUGUUAGACUGAAUAUUGUCUACAGGGUAGAUCUUACGAUGUUUGGUCAAUACAGAUUAAGUGGAUGAAAUCCUAACUCCAUCUGAGCUCCUGCUUUGGGUUGCGCUGGAGUUGAGAUUGCUUCUGCUGAUUUGAAAUUUUAGAAAAUGUUUCAAGUGGAAAGUUUUUGGGAAAUCUGGACCACUAACUUUGUAUUAACUCAUGAUUCUUCUUAGGCUUUUGUGUUUAUACAUGGUAGGGUGUAAAUAUAUAAAUUUUAAAAGAUUUUAUUUAAGAAUGAGUCCUGCAGGUGAAUUCUGCUGAGGAACAACUUAUUUUCCAUUUGAAUAUGAACAGUAUGAUACAGUUUCAAUUCUGAUUGACUGUUGACAUUUGUUUAGAAUGCAGAUUUAAAACAACUUGCUUCAUAAUGAUCCUUCUGUGAAAGGAAAAAUCAUAAAUAGCAGCUGCUGCUAUUGUUUUUUGUUGUUGUGCAAUAUCUGAAUUAACACUGUGGAAUCAAUCCUGUCCAUUAAUAAAAUAUGUGUAGCAAGUCA